AUGGCAUCUGAAACCCACAAUGUUAAAAAACGCAACUUUUGUAAUAAUACUGAGGAUCAUUCCAUUGAUCUUCCUAGAAAAAGGAUCUCUAAUUUCACUAAUAAGAACAUGAAGGAGGUUAAGAAAUCUCCAAAACAGUUGGCUGCUUACAUAACUAGAACAGUUGGACAAGCUGUGAAAAGCCCAGAUAAACUACGUAAGGUGAUCUAUAGAAGAAAGAAAGUUCAUCAUCCUAUUCAAAAUCCUUGUUACAGAAAAAAGCAGUCCCCUAAAAGUGGGGGCUGUGUCAUGGCAAAUAAAGAAAAUGAACUGGCUUGUGCAGGCCACCUCCCUGAAAAAUUACGGCAUGAGAGUCGAACAUAUUUGAUUAACUCCAGUGAUUCUGGUUCUUCACAGACAGAAAGCCCAUCAUCAAAAUAUAGUGGCUUUUUUUCUGAGGUUUCUCAGGACCAUGAAGCAAUGGCACAGGUUUUGUUCAGCAGGAAUUUGAGACUGAAUGUAGCUUUAACUUUCUGGAGAAAGAGAAGUAUUAGUGAACUUGUAGCAUAUUUAGUAAGGAUAGAGGACCUUGGAGUUGUGGUAGAUUGCCUUCCCGUGCUCACCAAUAGUUUACAGGAGGAAAAACAGUAUAUCUCACUUGGCUGCUGUGUAGAUUUGUUGCCUCUAGUAAAGUCACUACUUAAAAGCAGAUUUGAAGAAUAUAUAAUAGUUGGUUUAAACUGGCUUCAAGCAGUCAUAAAAAGGUGGUGGUCAGAACUAUCAUCCAAAACAGAAGUUGUGAAUGAUGGAAAUAUUCAGAUUUUAAAACAGCAAUUAAGUGGGUUGUGGGAGCAGGAAAACCAUCUUACUUUGGUUCCAGGAUAUACUGGUAAUAUAGCCAAGGAUGUAGAUGCUUAUUUAUUACAGUUGCAUUGAAAGACUUCAUCUAUAGCAUUUGGCUAUUCAAAACAUCCUUGGACUAUAUGAUUUCCCCAAAAAUAUCUCAUCUGAGAACUGUGAACUAUGGAAGAAAUCAAAACCAUUUUUUCCUCUAAAGAAACGUAUGAUGAAACCACUAAUGAAAUGCUACCGAUCUGCUUCACAUUGAAGUGGAAAAAGAUCCAAAAGGAGCAGCUUCAGCUUCAAUGAGGUGAAAGUGCACUACGAAGAUUGUUCACCUCUGCUGC